UGAUGUGAGCGACCAAUUGAGAGUGCUGGAAAGCACAGAACAUGUUCCGUUUCUUUUUGGAUAUAAAACCCGUAGCCAGUCAGCUGGGCUUCAUUUACUCGAACCUUAACGACCCCCGGACAUACAGGCGUUUACGCUGUUGCUGCCGUUCGCCUUGACGCACACAAACAGCGGACGGACGUCGUACGUCAAACGGAUUGAGAGCUCGCGACCCCUGAUUUUUUUUUUAGGGGUGGCUGUUGGCAGUUGCCGUGGAAACUGCGCACCCACUCUUUGUUUACGAUUUCAAUGGACUGGGUCAUUGCUGUAGUUGUUGUUGUAGUUCUGCAAUCUUUCCUGCAGCCGUCUGUCGCAGCCUUGUUUACAGUGGAGGCAGAGCAAGCUACGUAUAUGUCGGAGUUUGGAGGAAACGUCGUGAUGGGCUGCAAGUUUUCUUCCAACCCAGCAAAUCCUCAUCGUGACCUGAAGGUUAACUGGCACCGGAAGACCAACGGCAUAUACGAAGAAGUGAUACGACUAGAAGACAACUUGGAGAACUCUGCGUCUCCAAAGUACCAGGGUCGAGUGGAGCUUCUCACCGGUGAACUGAAAAAUGGCUGGGCGAAGUUAAAGAUAUCACAUCUAAAGAUGAAUGACUCCGGGACGUAUCAGUGUUUGGUUCAAACAGCCGAAGGGAACGACUAUAAAGAAAUAGCUUUGUCAGUUGAAGCACCAUAUAAGUCAGUCUCAAAACGGAUUGAGAGGCGAGCCGAGGGGGAUAAGGUGGUGUUAACCUGCCAUUCUCAGGGAUACCCUAAGUCUUCAGUUGUGUGGCAUGAUGGGCAUCUGCAGAAGCACAACUCCAGCACCACAGCUACAGCAACACCAGACGGUCUUUAUAAUGUCACCAGUCGGAUAGAAGUCAGCUCUUCAGCGAAAAACAAUUACACAUGCAACUUUACACACGAUGGCUACUCUGCAACGUUUCACAUUCCAGAUGAUAUAACCCUCCCCAAAGGAAAAAAUGAUGCUCUGAUCACUGUGUUGUGUAUAGGAUUAAUAUUGACUGCCAUUGGUCUUGGAGUGGUAACUUACAGACGUCGAAAAGGUGCCAGAACUCCCAGCACCAGGAACUGUCUGGUUAAUGAUGAAGAAAGGUCCCUGUCUGCAGCUGCCUGCCUAGGAAUGGAUAAAGAAAGUGCGGUUGAGGAAAAAGUUAUUACCGAAGAGGAAAAUCUGAGGUCGCAUCUAAAAGCCCAUUAUUCCGAAUUCUCCCUCACUACAAAGACGAAACACCACUGCGAUAGUUUCGCUGCGGAGGAGCUGCCUCACAGGCUGCAAAACAAUGAAGGCCUGCCUGUGAGACUCCAAGAUCUACUCCCAAACGCUGGAGAAAUCCUGCUCCUGGAGGGACCCCCGAGAAGUGGGAAAACAACCGCAGCCCAUAUCCUGCUCUCAUCCUGGACCGGAGCUGAUUCAGGGUUCCUCGACGCCGGCUUCCUGGAUCUUCUCGUGUAUGUGAACUGUGACACGAUGAAGGGUGACUUGUUCCAGGAAGCGACAGCUCAGCUGGCGCUUAGUGAGAAGAUAUCAGCAGAACAACUGAGGACCGUUCUGUCCCGGUCCAACAAGACUCUGCUGCUCUUGGACGGCUAUAAAGAGGGGAACCACUUUUGUGAUGAGACUUUGAGGAGGUUUCUAAGUGAAAGAGGAUCUUGUAGAGUAUUGGUCACAUCCUGUCUAGGUGACUGUCCUGUACUUAAACAAACCCUGAAGACCGAAGGGACACUGACGCUUCAGAUGCAAUCUGCAAAAUACUGAGAACACGUUGGUGGUGAACAGCAAACACCUGCGACCAUUGUUACAUUUUUUUUUUUGAAGAAAUAUUAGUAUUUAUAGUUUUUUUUAAAAAGCCCGAAUAUGCUGCAAUAAUAAUCACAAUGUUCAAAACCUGCAUGUAAUAAACAUAUAUUUUGUAUUUUUAUAA